AUGCAAAACGUAGAACACAACGAAGCGACGAAGCCCCCUACGACAGACACCAAGCGCCAGAGACGAGGCGAGAAGGACCGGGCAAGGUCGGGCAGCGCAGGGCAGCGCGGAGCGGACGGAGCAGCGGCGAGCGGGCGCAGCUCCCCCGGGAGGCGGGUGCGCGGCUGCGGAGCGCGGCCCCGUUCCCGUAGUACUAUAUCCCCCUCACAUGACGGGUGCCCGGCGACGGCGGGGGAGGCCGGGGAGAGGCUCGACCGCGUUCGCCCUCCCCAUUGGCCGCGCCGAGCCGGGGGCCGGCCUGCCGCCGGCCUCAAUGGGAACCGCGGCACCGCCCGGCUCCGCACGGCCCGGCCCCCGGGGCGGGGCCCAAGAGGGUUAGCACAUGGGCGAGCCCCCGGUGGUGUGCAGGAGUGUGGGGCUUGCAAUGCCUGGCAGCGUGUGGAAGCAGUGGCAGCCGCACGGCUUCAAGCACAGCUACGGCCUCUGUGGCUGCACGUGGCCAGGCCAGGCUCUGCCAGCGCUGGGAAGAGACAAGAUAUUGCAGCCUUUGACGUCAUUCCAGCAGGAUCAAGCUCAGACGUCUGUCCGGAUCAGGGAUUGCGCAGGCCCCCCUCCAGAGAACAGGCACCUUGCGCAAUGCCGACCCAGAGUUUACUGAGGAAUUGGCCAGAGCGGUGCCCUGCAGCAAACAAGCUCGGCAGUGCCAGCAUCAGGCCUUCAGCUGGCAGCAAUGGGUCAAAGAUGCCUUCUGCACCUACAGAGCCAACACCUGAAAGUUUCUCUUCCAAAUCUGGGAUGGAAACUCAGCUUUCGCCGUCAGAAAGCCCAAAAGAGGAUGAAGAAAACCCAAAAGAGGAUGAAGAAAACCCAAUGAAAAAUCCCUUUACAGUUCCUUCAGAUAUCAAUAUUUUCUCAGUAAGAGAGAAGGAAAGAAGAAAAGCUAAGGCAGAACGUGAAAGAAUGAAGACCAUGAAAGUCCACGAGAAAAUGACUUACUCCACUAAAGCAAAAGCAAUACAAACUGGUUUGAAGAAGGCUCUGCAAAAGGAGGAGGAAGAGGAGGCCAGAAAACAGGCAACAGAUGACGAGAGACGGAAAAUAGCUCCAAAGAGCCUUUCAGGGAAGCUACACAUUAAAAAUGAUUACCCAUUAGAAAGGACGACCUUCUGUGACUACAUAAAUAAUCAAAGAGAGAUAUUUUACCUUGAGUAUUCCAUGGCAGUAAUGCGAGAGAAGAUGCAAAAGAUGGACAGCAUAGUAGAGCAAGAGGAAAGAAAGCUGAAAAAGGCUCAAAGAACGAGGGAGAAGGAUGCUGCCAUGUUUCAUGAGUCCCAGAAGGAGAAACUGAACCAGUGUUGUCAAGCCAUAGAAAGGACCAGAAAAGAAACUGCAGCACAGGCAGAGAAAACAAGAGAGAUCCUGGAAAUCAACUCCCAAAUAGAGGACAUCAAGAGUGAUAUACUCAGAAUGAAGAGAACUCUGCGGGAGCACAAGCUGUGCAGGGACUUCCUCUAUGAAUUAUCUCCGAAAGAGUGGCAGGAGAAACAUGUCAUAAAGGGCAAAACAGGAAAAUAUUUGGAAGCAUUUCUAUCAACAGGAGACCUAUCUUCAUUGGAGGAUUUGGAAAGCGAAGCCAGCUCGGAUGGAGAUGAGCCUGCCGAGUUGUAUUUUACUGAUCCCCAACAAGUGCUGUCUGUUUUAACGGAGAUGGAGGAAAAGAUCUUGUCCUUCAUCCAGAAUUCCCAGGGUACCAACACAGCUGUGGAGAAGCUCAUCACCGAAUGUGUAAGCAACCAUCAGGGAAGGCAAAAGCAGCUUGCAGAGCUCAAACAGCAGGUAGACACCUUCAAGUCCUCCAUCGCCAAGCUAGAAGAAAAAAAAGCAGAUCUGAUGAUUAAAGCUCACCUCUUUUCCCCCGGAGAACACAAAGCUGAUGAGCAGGACAAAAUGCUCGAAAGCCUGGAGAAGAAAGUGCGGGAGGUUUAUCAGCACUGCACAGGAGAAAGUGGAGCAAACCUGCAGAUAGAGCAGAUGCUAAUGGUGAUAGAAAAACAGGUCUACGAUUUACAGGAGCGACUGGAGAGCAUCCCACCAGAAAAGUUAAAACCACUUCUGGAAGCCAAACGGAAGGAAUGGAGGCUAAGGCUCAGAGAGGAAAGGCUGAGACAACAGAAGAAGCAGGAAGAAGAAAGACUGAAAAAGAUCCUGGAAAAAUCACAGUCAGCCGUAAAAAUAGCAACUGGCAAGAGGCCAAUGUUCCGUUCCAAACUACCUGCCAUUAACAAGCAGCAAAAGCAAAACCUAGAACAAAUGGAAAAGGAAAAGGAAGAACAACUCUACUAUUUUACCUGA